AUGACACAUUUAGUAUCUAAGAUUGAAGCACUUUUAUUAGACGAGCCAUUAAACAGUCUUUGUGGUAUGUCCGCAGUUUACCUGACGAUUGAAAACAAUAUUUUAUCUUCUCUUGAGUAUAUAAGAGAGAUUGCAGAUCAUGCACCUUUAGUAUUUGAUGAUGACUUUAUGGUGAAUGUAUUAGUCUUGAUUUCAAGUGGUUAUAUCAGCAUUAAAGGUCUGAAAGCGUUUAAAGCAUUAAAUAUAGAGAGGGAGUUAUCUCCUGAUUAUAGCUAUGAGAAGAUUGUAGCAAAUAUUAAUAUGUUAAAAUACAAGCUCGAGCACCCCGGAUCAGAAAUUAAUACAAAUCUUUAUGGAUCGCUUAGGCAAUCUCUCAAACACAUAAAUCCGUCAGAACUUACGUGGCAAAAUCCCGAAGCAAAUAUAAUUCUUAACGAUGAUUUGGGCCUAAUAAAAAAUUUGGGGCGUAGACAAAAGAAAUUCGAUGAUGUAUUCGAUGUAAAAAUCAGCUGCGGCUAA